AUGGCAACGGAAGAUACGUCUUGGACUACACAAGGCUUUAGGCAAAGUGUUGUGGCAAAAAUUGAUGAGGCUAUAAGAUCAUCCGGGAUGAAUACAUCAAGGAACAGCAUCGAAAUGGAAAACCACGUCUAUCUAAAAGCUAAAAACAAGGAGGAAUACUUGGGUUUUGUGGCUCGAUUGAUUCUCCACAUUCGAGAAAUGAAUACCAAGAAAACAAAUGGAAUGAGUCCUGGGCAACCACAAGGUGGGCCUGGCAUGCCUGAUCCGAUUAAUGCACUGCAAAAUCUGGCAAGUCAGGGUACAAGAAACCCCAUUUUAAACAUGAGAGGACAGGGGCAAAUGGGGGGCCCACAACAGGGUCCUACAGCAUCAAGUUUAAUGCAAACAUUAAACAGAGGAGGGCAACAAAUGAUGAUGGGUUGUACUUUGGGAGGUCCAAAUAUGAACCAAAAUGCUGGUCCAAUGGGCCAGCAGAUGGGUGGGCAGCAAAUGGCUCAACAAAUGCCCAAUCAGAUACCAAUACAAAUGCAACAAUCAAAUGUGAAUCCACUACAAAAUCAGAUGAAUCCCCAGAUGCAAAACCAAAUGCAAAAUCAAGUCCCCAAUCAGAUGGGCAACCAGAUGAUGGGACAGAUGCAGAUUCAAAUGGGUGGAAACAUCAAUAUGCAAAAUCAAAUGGGAAAUCAAAUGUUAGCGCAAGGCCAACAAAUGAACCCAAACCGUCAAGUCCCCAACAUGAUGAUGGUAAACUGCCCUCCGCAGAACUUCCGCACGCAAAACCCCCAGCAAAUAUUCAACCAAGCGCCAUCCCCCUCGGUCCAAUCGCCGGCCAGCUUGGGCCAACAACCUGUAGCCUCCCCCGCUCUGGCGCCCAGCCCGGGCUCGCAAAUGAUGAUGGGCUCGCAGGGCCCGCCGAGGUCGGUGGGCAUGGCGCCCAGUCCCGGGGCCUCUCUGAACACCCCCGGGCAGCCCAACCAGAGCCCGAUGGGCGGCGUGGGGCAGGACGAACAGGCCUACAGGGAGAAAGUUAGACAGCUCAGCAAGUACAUCGAACCGCUGAGAAAAAUGAUAGCCAAGAUCGGGAACGAUGGUAAGGAUCUGGAAAAAAUGAGCAAAAUGAAAAAACUCCUGGAAAUCCUCACAAACCCGAAUCAGAGAAUGCCUCUGGAUACGCUGAUAAAAUGCGAAGUGGUUUUGGAGAAAUUGGACUUUAAAAGAGGCGACAGCAGUGUACCGACGACCACGACAACGCAUUUACCUUUUAAGGAACUUAAUCCGUUGUUGGAGGCUGUUAGUAAUAACUUGACUAGUUCGGUGAUCAAUCAUACUUUGCAUAGGACUUUUGGGCCUACAUUGGAUGCCCUAUUUGGACCAGAAAUUAGGCUUGUUCCUCCACUAAAAAAACUCAAAAUAGAAGAACCCACCAACGAAAUCCCCGACAUCCUCCAAGGAGAAAUCGCGAGACUGGACCAGAGAUUCAAAGUUUCAUUGGAUCCGAACCAACAACCGGGCUCAAAAUCGAUCCAACUAACGUGCUGGUUGGACGACAAGCACCUGCCAUGCGUACCACCGGUCUCCCUGGUGGUCCCCGAGGAUUACCCUAAAACCGCGCCUACUUGCAACAUGGCGACGCACGAAUACAACGCCACCCCGUUUUUAUGCGCGGUGCAGACUGCGCUUCUUGCGAGAAUCAAGAAGCUUCCCAAAUAUUUUUCUGUUUCUCAGUUGUUGGAUACUUGGGAGAUGAGUGUAAGGCAAGCUUCAUCGCCGAAUGCUAUUCCAAUAACCACUACAGCUCUACUUAUGGGAAUGUAA